AUGGGAAGGAUAGCAAAGUGGAAUACGCAGUUAGAACAAUUCAACAUCAUACACGAGAUCCAAACUGCUCAAAAAUCACAAGUCUUGGCGGAUUUCCUAGUAAACCUACCUUUGGAUAAUGGCGAAGAAGUGAAGGACAUUCCAGGGUUAGACGAAUAUGGGAAGGAACUGAUUGAUGUGCUCGAACCUUCUAGCCAACGAAGAUGGGAAGUCUUCGUCGACGGAUCCAGGAACAAGGAAGGUGCAUGCAUAGGGAUCACCAUCACAACGCCCAUCGGUGAUAGGAUGGUGUAUGCACUAAGGCUGGAGUUUGAAGGACACACUAACAACAUUGUUGAAUAUGAGGCAGUAGUACAUGCUCUCCGAUUGAUAACAGAACUCGGAAUAACAGACGUGCGCCUAACGAGCGACUCACAACUUUCGUCUACUUUAAAACUGAUUAUCAUCAACAAUUUAGAUAACAUACACAAAAUCUUGAAUUACAAUACGAGGCCCUCGGCAUUAGCACAUGUUGGUAGAAGACUACCAGUGUCUCUUCUUCAACCUGUUUAUCAAGUAGCAGCACCCAGUUAUCAUCAUCUGUUAACUGAGGAUUCAAGAAGCGAUGAACAACAGAACCAAUUUAUAGUUCAAAGAACCAAGGAAAGACAACGAUUAAGUCAGCAAGAAAGACGUAGAAGGGAUUCAAACAGAAAGCCAAAAAGAGAGCCAUCUAGGCCACGAUCUUUGGCACAAAGAGAACGUCGUAAGAAAGAAAACGAAGAAAAGAUGAUAUUUCUGAAUGGAAGACACUAUGAUGGGAUUAAUAGUGAUCAGCCUACUGAAAUUUUAUCACCAAAAGGAAUGCAACAUCAGGAACAGGUACCAACAAGAAAACAAAAGGCAGCACAACAAUUACAGAAUACCCAUCGUAAACGACAAAGAACACCAUCACAAUCAAUCAAAGAUGUUCAUACAUUUUAUGUUGAUGAGAACAAUACUUUAACCAUACAAGGAGAUCAACGAAAAAGAACAUCAACACAAUCGGAGACAUUAAAGAGGGAAAAAACGAACACAAAUGUCGAUACUAUCUAUCCUGCAGAGAACAAUGCUUUACAAAUGGAAAGAAAUCAUCAUGCGAAUGCUAUAGUAGAUAUGCACACCGAACCAGCAAACUCCGAAAAUUCCAUUGCAACUGAUAUUGAGAUGUCUAUUCCCGCAACAUACUCAUCAGAUGAGUACACUGAUUAUUACGACUCAUCCGAUGAAAAACUUGACGAUGAUACGCAAACGCGGAAACCAGAGUAUUCAACAAUCCUAAGAGCAGGAAAGCUUUUCCAGGAAUUUUUAGUGGACUCAUGGGCUUCUACUGAGCAAAGUCGUUUAGAUUUUUUGAGAUUUAACCAAGGGAAACCACGUGCAGAUCAGUAUGCUGAAAUAAAAGAAAUGAAAAAUGCAGGAUUAAAGCCUAACCAAGGAGGUAAACCGUGCAUUCUACCGUCUUCAUUCACUGGGGGUCCAAGACACAUGUUUGAAAUCUAUCAAGAUUCGAUGGCAAUAACACGUUUUAACCAUCAUCCAGAUAUUUUUCUAACAAUGACUGCAAAUCCGAACUGGCCAGAAAUCAAAGAUGAGCUUUCUAAACAUGAAUAUGCAUCUGAUCGUCCUGAUUUAGUUGCACGUGUUUUUGAAUUAAAAAGAAAGGCACUGAUGGAUGAAAUAAUUAAAAAGAAAGUUUUUGGAGAAGUUGUAGGGCAUGUACACACAAUCGAAUUCCAGAAACGAGGUUUGCUGCACAUGCAUGCAUUAAUAUUCUUACAAAAAUCAGAAAAAAUACGUCCAGUGGAGCAAGUCGAUAAAUUUGUUUCAGCAGAAUUUCCUGAUGAGGGAACAGAUCCAGUUCUCUUCGACACGGUAAGAAAGUGUAUGGUACAUGGACCAUGUGGUGAUAGAAAUCCAGAAUCUCCCUGCAUGAGGAAAGGAAACUGUAUUAGGGGAUAUCCCAAACAAUACAAUAACGCUACAUGUGUAGAUGGCGGAGGGUAUCCAGUUUAUCGCAGAAGGGAUGAUGGAAGAGAAGUUAUUGUGCGCAAUAAACGCAAAGCAUACAAUAUUGACGUUGUUCCCUAUAAUCCACAUCUAACAAGAAUGUUUAACUGUCAUAUAAAUGUAGAAGUCUGUGCAGGUGUAAGAGCUGUCAAAUACAUACACAAAUAUAUCUAUAAAGGACAUGAUAGAACAACAGUGAUUGUGGGUGCGAAGGAUGAGGUUCAAGAGUAUAUUGAUGCCAGGUACGUCGGGCCACCAGAAGCAGCAUGGCGUUUAUUUGGUUAUUCCAUGCAUCAAGAAGUACCAAGUGUGCAAAGGCUGGCAAUACAUUUGCCGGGACAACAAAGAGUUGUUUAUGAGUCGGAGCAAUCGAUGGAAGCAGUGUCAGAAAAAGCGGAUAGCUUUAAAACAACUUUGAUGGGUCAUUUUGAGUAUUAUGCUGAAAAUCCAAAUGCUCCUAAACAUACAUACCAAGAUUUCCCACAACACUUCGUUUGGCUUAAAAAGGAAAAAAGAUGGAAAAUCAGGCAACAAGGCUUUGCGAUUGCGAGAAUCCAUUUUGUUAGCCCUAACGCAGGAGAAUUGUACUACCUUCGAUUAUUGCUGACUGUUGUAGCAGGUGCAGAUUCAUUUCGGAGUUUGAGAACUGUUGACAACGAAGAACAUCCUACAUUUAAAAAAGCAUGCAUAGCACUUGGGAUACUAGAAAAUGAUAAAGAAUAUUUAGAGUGCCUUACAGAAGCCGCAGUGAUCCAAACAGGAAGUCAGAUGAGAAAGCUUUUCAAGAUUAUUUUAUGGGAAUGUAACCCAGCUGAACCAGAAGUUCUAUGGGCGAAAUUCGGAAUGAAUAUAUGUGAUGAUCUACCUCAUGCAAUGAAAAGAUUGUUCAACAUUCAAAAUCCAACAACCGAACAAACUUUGGAUUAUGGAUUGUAUCUGGUGGAUAAAUUACUGCGUGAAUCCGGGAAGAAGCUGGAAGAUUAUAGACCAAUGCCUACACCAAAAGAAAACUGGGGUAAGAUUGUCGGCAACUUCAAUUUGCAAUUCAUGAACCUACAGUUCAAGACAAUAUCGAAAUACUAA